GUGUCGCCUGGCCUGCAGUUUCAUUCGAGCCGUAAUUCAAAAUGGGUUUCCCAAUCGUCACUCUUAGUUUCUUAUUCACUUUGGUCUCAGUUUUAUCGAUCGUGAAUUGCCAAUCAAGAGUGAAAGUCAUCCGACCGCAAUCGCUGGAGGUCGAAACGAGAUUCAACUGGAGUAGUAUUGCGGAAAAUUUGACUUUACCGUCGGAAGCGGUGCGAUUCUUCGAAUACGCCCAGUUGCCGGCCGUUUACCAAAACGAACGACAGCCCAUCUGCGAUGAGCGGUGCGGUUUACCGUACGACCCAAGCGGCGCAAGUGGCACACGGAUUAUGGGAGGAGCAUCGACUAAACCAAACCAAUUCCCAUGGAUGGUUGAGCUUUUGGUUGUUACCGCCGAUUUUUUUAAACAAUCAAAAGUAACUUGUGGCGCAACUUUAAUCAAAAAACAAUACUUGCUAACAGCUGCGCAUUGCAUUUAUCAUCGGAAAGUUGUUUCAAUUACAGCGUUUGUGGGAUACCACUACCUGGACGUCAAUAAAUUCAAUCCAACUGGAUACGAACAAGUCAUUCCCGUGUCUCAAGCGUUCAUUCAUGACGAUUUCGACAUCACUACCAUGCAACACGAUUUAGCAAUCUUGGAAUUGGCAAAACCUGUGCGAUUCACCGAUCAAGUUCACACGGUGUGUCUCGCGCAAAAGGAUUCAGAAUUGACGGAUGCAGUCGUGGCCGGAUGGGGAACCACCGAAGUCUAUGGCACUAAAUUCUACCCUCAACUGCUUUUAUCGACAAAAGUGGCCCUAGUUAAACUAAAUCAAUGUCGGCGAGCUCUGAAGGAAAUAGGAAGAUUUAUAACCGAUCAAUCGAUCUGUGCGGGAGGAUCAACGUCAGACGCCUGUGCGGGUGAUAGUGGCGGGCCUUUGAUGGCCUCCGUGAACUCGACCGGUUCGCGCGUUCGGUUUGAUCAAAUUGGCAUCGUGUCGUGGGGGAUUGGAUGUGGACAGGAUGGAAUACCCGGAAUUUACGCCAGCGUAAAAUAUCACCUUCCGUGGAUUCAGCAAGUCACAAGGAAAGACACCUGCCGGCCCGUCUCUCCGAAUUCUCCAAACUGAUGAAUUACCGUACACUGAAAAAAUUGUAAUAGUUGCACCCAUUAUUAUGAGAGUUUGGGCUCAAUAAAUUUGCUAGAAAACAGAAAAAUAAAUUGUUAUGCUACUA